AUUGCAAAUGUAGGCAAGGGUAGGCAAGAAAGGAAGGGCCAAAACUCGAAUCAAAUGUGGCUGCCGAUGGAUUUGUCAACCCUCCAAAUCCAAAUCAAAUCACAAUCCCAAUCAAAGAGACCGCCGCCCAGUGGGUUUGGCACUGGCAGCGCCUCCGUCCGCAGCAAUCGCCUUCCCUCCAAAUGCCUCAUCCCCUCCCUCUCACUCCUCGCCCUCCCUUUCGUCUUCUACCUCCUCUCCACCGCCCACAAACUCCACCUCUCCCCCAAAUUCGCCCACUCCCACUCCACCCUCUUCGGCAUCGUCAUCUCCGCCCGCCCCUCCUCCAUCCGCAUCCGCGUCUUCCACUUCCUCGACGGCACCGCCCCCUCCAGCUCCUCCUCCUCCCGCCUCCCCCUCUCCGCCUUCGCCUCCCACCCCGACCGCGCCGGCCCCUCCCUCGCCCCCUUGCUCCGCUUCGCCACCCUCCAGGUGCCCAAGAAAGAGCGCCCCAACACCAAGCUCCUCUUCUUUUCUGGCUCUGAGCUCGACGGCCUCGGCUCUGACGUCUCCGAGAAGCUUCUCGAGUCGUGCCGGAAGGCGCUCAGGUCGUCCGGGUUUUGGUUCAAGGACGAGUGGGCCCGAUUCAUUCCAGGUGAGGAACAAGGUGUUUAUGCCUGGGUGAGUGCCAAUUAUGCCCUUGGAACUUUGACGAGUGAGCCUCAGGAAACCACUGGGGUUGUUGAACUUGGUGGGACUUCUUUGCAGGUUACGUUUGCUGCAAAACAAUCACGACAAGUGAAUUCCUCCCCAUCUCGAAUCAUCAAAUUGUUUGGAGUUACUUACCACCUUUACAGUAAAGGCUUGCCGCUAUUUGGCCAGGAUGCAGCUUGGGAAUCACUAUAUGAGUUGCAGAAGUCCAGAGAGUUGACGCCUUUUUCAAAUUCUAUGGAGAGAAGUCUUGGUAACCCUUGUAUUCCUAGAGGAUAUAAGCUGACAGUGAAUGCUAGUGAUGCACAACUUCUAGUUUCCUCAAUGGGUGGAAACUUUUCUGCAUGCAAAUCUGAGGCUUUGGCAUUAUUAAACAAAAGACAAGAUAAAUGCAUUGGUGCACCUUGCAAAAUUGUCUCAUCCUUUCCUUUUGAGUUACGAGGCAAGCCCGUUUCUACCCAGAACUUCUUAUUUACUUCUGAGUUGUUAAUCUGGGACUUCCUCUUCAACCUUGUACAGCUUUUUGGGCUGGUGCCGACGGCUUCUUUGUUUGAAUUAGAGGCAGCAGGUCAACAUUAUUGUGAAGAUGAUUGGGAGAAACAGAAAAAGCAGCAUCAUAGCAUUGUUGAUUCAGAUCUGUUGAAAUAUUGUUUUUCAUCUGCAUAUAUGGUGGCGCUGUUGCAUGACAGACUAGGAAUCCCCAUGGAUGAGAAAAGGGUUGGAUAUGCAAAUGAGACCGGAAACAUUCUCCUUGAUUGGACACUGGGUGCUUUCCUUGUUGAAACAAUGCUGGAGCCCCUUGAAUGGGAACUUGAUAAUAUGGGCCAGAUUGUUGGAAACGAGUCAGUCACUUAUUUCUCUUUCUUUGCUUUCCUUUUAAUAGCUGUGUUUGCUGUAUUCUUUGUACUGCAAUCCCGGAAACCACAAAUAAAGACUAUAUACGAUUUAGAGAAGGGACGGUAUAUAAUCACCCGUGUACCUAGGUAAUCAUCACAUCUUUCUGUUUUUUGUUUUAUUUCUUUCUCAUUUGUUUUCUAUAUGUCCAUUCAUAUUCAUGAUGAAUUUGAAAUCUGUAUUUUUAUUGUGAACAUUAAUUUGAGCACGUUACCAACUCUGCAUCUA